CCAAAUAGACGAUUUUAUAAAAAAAAAUUACAUCAAGGUACAGUGAAACAUUAUAUUCUCAACAGAUUUAAUAAAUUCAUUAAUGGCUAAAGGAAAAAAAAUAAUACAAGCUAAGUUAUUAUUAUAAUUCACAAGACGUAUCAUCCUUUGAAGUAGGUGAUUUUGUCCAUAAGAUGUGGGGUGUGUAGAAAUGAGGAAUAAAGAAUGGUCUCUGGUGUAGUAAGUUGGGACACUCAAUGUGAUAUUUGAAAAAAUAUCAGGUACAUCCAAGGUGUCAUCUGGAAGAGAGGUAAGAAAGCAACGAUCGACUUCGGUACGACACGAGGGCACUUUUGAGAUGUUGAAAGAGUUUCGGAUUAGGCUGAAGUCAUGCUGAGCCCAGUUGAGAGUGAGCCAUCCUUAGCAAACGCGAUAGAUAUAAAAGAAACUUAUUUUUUACUCUCUCGAUAUGUAGAUGAUCCUUAGCCAAGUAUGGGUGCCAGAUCAUCAUAUCGCACUCAAGGACGGAUCGGACCAGUGCAAAGAAGAGAGAGCGAUAGAUUUGUUGUUUGGGUGAGCUCAGAAAGUAGGGAAUAUAGAAGAUGUCAAAAUUCCGAUAUUGCAUGUAUGUAAUACAUAGACACAGGAAAUUUCUCCCAAUCCUUUGAAUAUAUUAGCAAACCACUAACCAGCGUGUUACAACUUAUAACUAUAAUACUGUGGGUAAUCACUUUUAUAUGCUAAUAUUUUUAAACUUAUCUCGUUAAAGAUAACCCAUAGUAUUUUGAAUCAAACUCGGGAGGCGCGUUUUCAUCUUGUCUCAUCAUUAACAGAUGGCGUUGCACUGAAGACCACGGCAGCUUGACUCGGAGACUGGUCAGUAACAGAAUCCGUUGUGACUCUCCAGUGGUACCAUCAAUUUGCAAUGUCAACAAAUAUAAUAUCGUCUCACUGAUGCUGCACGACGCACCCUGUAAGCAGUUGUUGUCCACGGAUGCUGCACGACGCACCUUGUAAGCAGUUGCUACUUGCUGUUCUACCGACAAGGUGGUAACGUAUCUUAGGGAUUUUUGCGUUUUUGUCGUUCCGACGAAAAAAUUUCUACCACUCGCCAAUAGUGUUUCUUACGGCAGCCGGUUGGUCCAUUUAAUCUCAUCGGCAUCACAGUGACUCUGACAACAUAUUUAAGAGCCUAUCCCGACAUUAGUAAGAACGUGAUUUGUUAAAAUGAACAACGCUCAUCUAGUAUCCUCAUUGCCGGACAAGUCGAAACGGUAUUCCUCCAGUUCAAACGUCAUGCGAGAACUGCUGUCGCACGGUAUGCAAUCUCACGAACAGCACGAUUUUCAACUGAAACUGUGGGAUGGAGUGAUGGAAGCCAUUUCAAUUUCCAAACAACUUUCAUUCUUGUACGUCUGUUCCUACAACAACCAGCAAUCCGAUUCCGAUGAACUGUUCAGGGCUUUUGACAAAUCAAAGAAGAAGGUCCAUCUCUUUUUAGAAAAAUUUCUAAAUUCUUUUAUCUCAAACGAAUAUGACGAUGAUCAAAAUAAGUCAUCAAAUAUUGAAACACAUGACCAAACACAAGUAUCUCAAGAAAAAAUUGCUCAUUAUGAAUGGAAUUCGAGGUCAUCUGAUAGACCGUUGACAGCUGAGUCGAAAAAAUGCGUUCCAAAAAAACCACGAUCUCCGUCAAGAUCUCGUUCUCGAGAAUUUAUGGAACCGUCUGAAAACAAACUACGACCAAACACUAGAAUAAGGUAUCCACUUGAAACAGAAUUUCGGUCAAAAUCUAGAAAGUUCAUCAGAUCUCCGUCUAAUUCUCGUAUUACAACAAAAUCUAGAAAUGUUAACUGGCCUUCUCCUAAUUCGCUUAUUCCGAUACAGUGCGAAGUAAGAAAUAGGUCGCGAUCUAAAUCUCAAGAUCGACAUGAACUUGAUACUAAAAGUAUGCAUACGCCUGUAAAAAAAUAUCGGUCACUGUCCGGACAUUUAAAUAGGUCUCCGUCUAAUGAUCGUAUUCAAAUACAACAAGGAAGAAGAAAUAGAUCGCGGUCUAGAUCAUACAAUGGACAACAAUUUGAUUCUAAAAGUACAAAAUCAACUAAAAAAAGACAGCCAAGAAUUAGAGAAAGGUUUCAAUAUAGAUCAUCAGAUCAGAGAAAACAUGCAACAAAAAAUCAGUCUUUAUCUAAAUCAAAACAAUAUUCUUCAUCUAGUUCCUCGAAAAAAAUUGAAAGACCACAAAAUAAAUCGCAGGGUUCAUUACAAAAAUCAAAAAAAUCAAAAUCUUCACCGCUCACAGAGCAGUUUGCAUCUUCAUCGGGUACUUCACAACUUAAUGAGGAACCUCCAACACAGGACAUCGAUUCGAAUGCAAUGAUGAUACCUCCCCAAAAUGCUUAUCCAGUACCAAGGCCAUUUUACCAAAACCCACACAAUGCUCCAGCGAUGUUCUAUCCAUCACAACCAUGUGUGCCGCGCUUAAUGGCACCCCCAUAUUAUAUGCCAUCACGACCUCGUUUAGCAUAUCCAUCAACAUAUCCAAGAGUAUUCUAUAGACCACAUUGGCAGCCUGAGACUCAAAAUGUUGAUACACAAUGAAGAAGCCUAGAGAAACUCCAUACCCA